AUGUCCGACAGCCGUGAAAUAAUCCCCCAUCCCGAACAACACUCUGAUACACCAGAGUCACCUGAAGAAAGGCAGCGUCAUGCCACCGAAGUCAUUCCCGAAAUCAUUGACCCAGACAGAAAGCCCGGCGGGGACAUCGACAAACCGGUAGACCCUGACCUGCGUAACUAUCGCAAGGCCGCGGAUGAGUCUGACUGA